GAAAUCUUCUGGCGGACAUCUUUGUCAACUUCAAUUAGCUGCUGGUAUCGGUUGAUUGGUGUAUUCAGUUAGUUCGUUAAUAUAUUUGUCAAAUUUUCGACAUUAUAUUAUUCACAGAAGCUAUGGAGAACGUUAUUCUCAGUCCAACGAUGUUAUCAAAAUUUAAAUCUCUAGAAUGCGCAAGAAAAAUGAGAAGUGGAUCGUAUAGGUGGCAACACGCACUUCGAGAGAGAUGUCAACGAAGAAUGCGAGAGAAAAGGGGACAAAGGUUUAACGGAGGCAGAUAUGGUUUGAUUUUUGGCAAAUCGUACGACUUUCCUAUGGAUAUUCUAGAAGCUAAUGAACUUGAAAAUGAUAAGAUUAAGAAAGAGGAACUUUGGAUUUUGGAAGAGUAUGAAAAAUUGUGUCAGGAAGAAUUAGAGGCAUUAACAUCAACUGACGAGGUAAUUUGUCCUAUGUGUCAGAAAUCUAAUCUUGCAGAAGUAGCGAGACAAGUAACUUGUACAUCUUGUGCCUUCAAAUUGAACAAUACGAACCUACAAGAGGUAGGGUAUUUAAUAAGUGAAACUGUAAACAGUCAUUCCACAACGUGUACAAAAGUACCAGGUUUAAUGCCACUAACUGAAAACAGUAUUGAAUGUUUGUAUUUAUUUUGCGAUGAAUGUUCAACAUUAAUGCCAAUACUCAAAAUUGAAUAAAAAAAACCAUGAUUGAUUUCAUUUAUAUUGAGUAACUUAAUUUCGAAAAUUAUUAUGAGAUAAGUUUUUAUUUUGACCAUGGAUAUCACAAUGUCCAUGAAAGGAUAAACAAUUUUUUUUUUGUUAGGUAGCAUUCGCAAAAUGAAAGGGUGCGAUAUAAAUUUUCAAUUCCUUUAUGGAAGUAAACAUUUGAAUAACUACACAAAUGUUUACUCGGUUACUCAAAAUUUAAUACUAUAGAAAGAUAGCAAAAAAUAACCAUGGUUGAUUUCAUUUAUAUUGAGUAACUAUGCUAUUAAUUUCGAAAUUAUUAUGAGAUAAGUUUUUAAGUUUUUCUUUUGACCAUGGAUAUCACAAUGUCCAUGAAAGGAUAAACAAUUUUUUUUUGUUAGGUAGCAUUCGGAAAAUGAAAGGGUGCAAUAUAAAUUUUCAAUUCCUUUAUGGAAGUAAACAUUUGAAUAACUACACAAAUGUUUACUCGGUUACUCAAAAUUUAAUACUAUAGAAAGAUAGCAAAAAAUAACCAUGGUUGAUUUCAUUUAUAUUGAGUAACUAUGCUAUUAAUUUUGAAAUUGUUGUGAGAUAAGUUUUUAUUUUAACCAUUGAUAUUACAAUGUCCAUGAAAGAAUAAACAAUUUGUUAAGCGAUCUUUUUGUUAGGUAGCAUAUAGGAAAAUGAGAGAGUGCGAUAUAAAUUUUCAAUUCCUUUAUGGAAGUAAACAUUUGAAUAACUACACAAAUGUUUACCCAGUUAUAUGAUACAUAUUGUACAAAAAGAAACAUCCCUUCGUUGAUUUCUUUAUAUUAUUUGUCACUUAGUCCAUACACAAUGAAAAAUUGUAAGUAGAAGACAUCUGUAUAUUGUAAACGGUAACGUCCCAUUAAGGUGCCAGUAAAUAUUACAAGGAACAGUUUCAGAGGCUUUCUUUGAGAUUAUUUAGAGCUCUCGGUAUUCGAUUAUGUACAAUUAUGUAAAAACAAGAGCUUUACAAUAUCCAGAAGUCUUGUAUAGCUUAAACACUAAUAACUGAAAUUUUUAUAAAUGAUUUGUACAUUAUCACAUGAAAUUUUGCAUUGAAAACUUCAUAUUCCAUAACAUUAUUAGUAUGCAACAUACUUUUAAUUUGUGAGCAACCUAUUAUUUUUUAUUUGCUGCAAAAUCGUUUUAUUUAUAAUAUAAAUUGUUCGUUCUCUCAUAGUUCUCACUAUGCAUGUUAAAAAUUGUUUAUUUCUUGCAAUGGGAUAGGUUGUCAUCGAAAAUAUUGUAUAACAUUUAAUCAACUUGUAACUGUACUUUUUUUUUCUACAAUAAAAGGCCAAGUUUCCUAUUA